ACCAAUAAGUGCUACAAAUCCUCUGUCCAAUGCCCCGGACCUAUAAGUCAGUUCUCGACCGAUAUUCCCGUUAAUACGUCGCGUAAUUGUACUCGGAACAAUAAAAAUGCCAUCGACGUUCAUAGUAACAGUUCUAUUAAUAGGAAAUUUUGUUUCCUCGCAAACGGACCGACCGAGCGAGAUAAAGAGUUUAUCAGACACAGAAUCCGUUUUCCCUUUGCAAAUCCAGACGACGGAAAAGACGCUCGCGGCCACCACCGGAAACAAUCCGAACCCUGUUACUCCCGCCGCCUUCACUGGUGAACAGAAAGAAAAUUUCCGCGCAAUCUUGCCAACUCAUUUCAUUGCAAUAACGAGCGCCGGUGAAAAAAUGAAGUCCAAUCAAGAUGAUGGAAGCGGAAAAUUACUUCUAUCACCUGUCGGAAGUCACCCCACGGAACAUAACGAAGAAACUUUCGAGUACGCUACUGAAUCGAGUCUGUAUUGGGACAAUUGUCUCGAUAAAAUGUUUAAAUACAGCGAGAGUAUGAUAUCCGAGCCGAAUAACGAUUUUUUGAACGCUGAAACGAUUACGAGUAACACUAUACCGAGUAAUAUUAACAAAAGAGAUUCAUUACGAAAGGAUUAUUCGAUUAUUAAUGCCAUUUUAGAUAAAUAUAAUAAUUUUAUGUACCCCAAAGCAGAUGUAGCAACUACUGAUAUAGACAAUACAAUGAAUACGGACAGGUCUACAACGAAUCCCUCUACUACAGUACGAGUAAUUCCAAUCACUGAAAUUAUUUUCGGAAGGAAAGCUGAGUCGUUUAAUCAGUCUUUUGAUAAUACAGUUACGGAUAAUAGCGUGAAAGGAAUCAACGAAAAUAGGGUCGAGCCAAAAGACAAGAGUAAAAUAAAAUUUAGUAGGCUGCCGCAAACUCAAACGUAUCUUAUACCGAAAUUCAAGCUGGGAGAGGGUUUCCAUCCUUUCACGUUUAUGUCUAAAUUCUUUUCUGUAAUUUAUCCAUUCGAAUACCCAAUCGGUCCUGCGAGGGACAUCGUGUCAGGAAAAUUUUCUUUUCCGUAUUCAUUUUUACAGUCUAUCAAAUUGGAGUCAACUUUUCUGAUAUUCAUCAUCACAUUCGCCUGCCUGGCUAUAAUUAUCCCGGUCUACCUGAUUAUACUCUGUAUCCUGGCGAUGGUGGCAAGGUCCAAGUGUACAGAGGAGACAGAAUCUGGGGCACUAUUCGCAGACUCAGAGCAGCCGGACUGCCACUACAAAAUGUUGAUAAUUUUCACAUUCCUCGUUGUAAUACUGUGUUGUAUCAUCAUAGCUGUGAUGUUCAUAAGUAACGAGCAGUCCCGUAUUGCUGUUAAUGACAGUUAUGCAGUAAUAAGCUGCGCGUGCACCGACUUAGCGACCUGGUUGUCCACGGCUGCGCAGGAGCUGCAUAACAGUCUAGUGCCACCGAUGGAUGUUGUUCUGUAUGCUUAUAAGGAGGACUUGAGAAACAUAGAAAACCUUCUUGGUGAGCCAAUAAAGCAAUCGAUCGCUUCUGAAAGCGGAAUUGAUCUAGUUUUGGAUUCACUUAACGAUAUUAUAAAAGAAAGUGAAGACCUAUCAGCGAAAGUAUCUUCUCUGCGUGACGACAGCAUCAAAGCUGGUCUCCUAGCGGCUGCUGCAGCAGAACGGAUCACGGACCUGGCACAGCAGUUGGACAGUCUGAAAAAGCACUGCGUAUCGAAGGACGCGCCGCUCUGUGACACACUCAACACCAACUCGCUGCAGUUGAUGAUGAAGUUCGAUUCUAUACUUCGUGAAGAUCAACUGUUGCAGCUGCGAUCGUUGGGUGUACAGAACUUGACUCAGGAGAUUCAGGCUGCGAGGAAAGAGUUCCGGACCCUGCCCUCCGCCAUAUACAGACAGACUGAGAGAGUCAGAAACGACGUCCUACGCGGCAUAGAAUCUCACAAGACAAUAGUGAAUAACUCUUCAAGGGUGUUGAGCGAUAUAGUCCGACAUCUUGGUAAUGGACUGCGAAGGAUUUCACGCCAAAUGGACGGCACGUUACACAGGCUACAGAAAUACGAGUUUUGGAGGUGGACUUUUACCCUAGCUUGUACUGUUGCCGUUGCGGUGGUCAUGUUGCUAAUUUUGCUGGCAAUGCUGUGCGGCUGUGGAAGCAUAAAGACCUUCGCGUCAAAGACACUGCAAGUGACGGUGUUUUGGCUUUGUAUCAUAUCAAUCAUACUAUGGUGUACGGUGUCCAUGAUUUUCCUGAUUGCCGGACACGCUGAGGUGUUCGCUUGUGAAGCGCUCUGGGACAGUCCCCGGUUUCGCACCCUGACCGCGCUACUGGACAAGCCUUCAGCUCUGAUACCUGACGGAGAAGGGAUCUUCGAUAUACUGUUCAAAGAGCUGGAUAAUGUCACCAUCAACGUACCCAUCAAGGAUGUUCUCAGAGAAUGCGAAAGGAACCAGCCAGCGUACAACGUGUUUCAACUUGAAAAAAUUUUGGAUGUCAACAAGGAAACCUCGUAUUUCGAAUGGGACGAACUGCAGAGUGAUUUGAAAAGAUUGUCGUCGGCCAUUGAUGUGGGGUUCCUGAAAACAAUAUCGGCGAACUUCAAUAGAUUACUGAACAGGAUUCAUGUUAUUUCAGACGUCAAUUUGACUCAGUACAGGAUGGAGUACAAUGGGCCCGUCGUGGGUAAAGACUUACCCUCUUUUGUUGAUCAGCUGGAGAACGUGGCAAUACAAGUGACAGACUUAACGACGGCGGGAAGAUUAGAAUCUUUGGCGACGAGGACUCAAAGGCUGCACUUGAGUAGCAUCAAGCCUUUAGAGCAGUUGAGGACGGAAUUGGUUUUUAAAUUAACAGAACUGGAAUUACAAAUGACCCCUUUUAGAAGAAAAUUAAACAUCUCGUUGAGUCACAUCCACACCGCUCAGUUCUAUAUAGACAACCAGGGGGAUGUUAUCGCGCAGAAGAAAGUAGCGAUGUUCAUCUCUCGUCUCAUCUCCCACGCGGCUGGCUGGCGGACCCUUGUGUUGACUGCCGCAGAGAGGCAGGCCGGGCGCUGUGGACCGCUCUUCACUGUAUUCGCUGCUCUACGAUCCCUGCUGUGUACCCAGUAUAUAUCACCCCUGCACGGUUGGUGGUUCUGUGGGUUUCUGCUGGGCUUCAUCUGGUGUACGUUCCUCACGCCGCUCUGUGUGAAGCUCUGGCGGGCGUACGGACGGAAGACCACCAAUGAGUUGGAAGCGCUCACCAUGGCUGCUGACGCCGGAAAUAAAUGUUACAGCGAACCGGGGACUCCCGCCACAGCCACUUGCGACAACAACUGGACCUCACCCGAGCCUCCACCCCCACCAAGGAACGAUAGCUGGUGAUCUCGGGACGGACAUCAAUCAACUUAAAAAUGUAUUUAUAAGCACAAACCGUAAAGUUACAAGAACCGUAUUAAACCAAUCAAAAAUGA